GAAGAGAAAGCAUUAAAUUAGGAAAUUUCGGAAGAAAAAAAAAAAGAAAGAAUAAGAAGCAUUUCAAAUUCUACGGAAGCGGAAAACCGUUUGAUUGAUUUGCUGGCUUCUGGAAAGAAAUGGUUUUCAUCGUUUCUGUCUCGUCAGGGUUUGUGAGAAUUUUUGUUUAUUAGGGUUUCUUUUUCCUGGAUUGCAAUUGAGACCAAUGGAAUCUGUUCCUUCUCAAAAUGUAUCGUUAGGCCAAACAGAGAUUAACUGGGAUAAGCUUGAUAAAACUAAGUUCUAUGUAGUAGGAGCUGGAAUAUUUACAGGGGUUACGGUUGCACUUUACCCUAUUUCUCUUGUGAAGACCAGGCUGCAGGUUGCUUCAAAGGAUGCUGUGGAGAGGACUGCAUUUUCAGUUAUCAGAGGCAUACUGAGAACAGAGGGGAUUCCUGGUUUAUACAGAGGUUUCGGCACAGUCAUUGCAGGAGCCAUUCCUGCCAGAAUUAUAUUUCUUACUGCAUUAGAGACAACAAAAGUGGCUGCUUUUAGGAUGGUUGAACCAUACACAUUAUCAGAACCUACAAAGGCAGCCAUUGCAAAUGGAAUUGGUGGCAUGAUAGCAUCACUUUUUUCUCAGGCUGUAUUUGUUCCGAUUGAUGUGGUAAGCCAAAGGUUGAUGGUGCAAGGAUACUCGGGCCAUGCACAAUAUAAUGGGGGCCUGGAUGUUGCUCGUAAGAUUCUGAAGUCAGAUGGCAUUCGAGGACUGUAUAGAGGCUUUGGUCUAUCUGUUGUGACUUAUUCCCCAUCUAGUGCUGUAUGGUGGGCAAGCUACGGUUCUAGCCAACGCUUCAUCUGGGAGCUCUUAGGUCAUGGCACCAGGCGUGAUGAACCUACUCCAAGCCAGUGGUCGAUAGUUUUGGUUCAAGCUGCUGGAGGGAUUUUUGCAGGUGCUACUGCAUCCUGCAUUACAACGCCAUUGGACACUAUUAAAACUCGAUUGCAGGUGAUGGGACACGAAAAGAGACCCACUGCAAGACAAGUAGUUAAAGGAUUGAUCAAAGAUGAUGGUUGGACAGGAUUAUAUAGAGGACUGGGUCCACGGUUUUUCAGCAUGUCAGCAUGGGGAACAUCAAUGAUACUAGCCUACGAAUAUCUAAAGCGCGUGUGUGCAAAGGAUGAAUAGGUUCAUUCCCAGUGACCUGCAACCAUUGCUUCUUGUAAGGGACAGCAGAGAUUUUAAUUCUAGCUGCCUGAAUUUAGACACAUGAUCGAAGAUGACCGUGUUAAGAUACUGGAAUGCUUACUUUUCACUGCUAAUACAGAAACAGGGCUCUAGCAUUGUAGCAUUUGUUAUUCACUGGGGAGCAAACGCACUUGCUAUUAUAGCUGGAUCCGUCGAUCGUUAUUUAUUUUACUUGAUGUAAUUGAAUCAGAUUAAUUGAAAUCAAAGAAUUUUGUUUCAUGGGUUAGUGCCUGUAGUUUGUCUUCCCAUUGUGUUUCUUUUUAGCAUUCAUUUGGAAAGGGAAAAAAGAAGUUUCAGUCAUUAACUUUACAGAGUACGUUUUUUGACAUCUUAGGAAGCCUAACCUCUAAUUGGCUUUUCCAAAACAGCAGAGAAAAAGAGCUCAUCAUCAAGUUUAUCUGUCUUUGGCACCACCCUCCACAGCAACUCUCUGUAGCCUAGUCUGGUGAAUUCAUCUAAAUACAGCCUCAUAUCUUCCUUCUUACAGCAGAACCGGUCCACCCAAAGGAGUCCCUUUGGCCAAAGGACACGAUCCCAAUCAAACAGGACAAACUGGAGGAGUUCCAAGCUGAUCCACCCAUCCAAGAAGAGAGUAGAAUGAACAAUAUCAAGUGCAUUGUCAAAGAA